AUGGAUAUCAUGAGACUCGCGAGUUCGAGGAUGGCCAGUGAGCUGGCGCAGAAGAGAGCACCAGCUCGUCUCCAGAGGUCUAGAUACGCUCUCGUUCGCGCGACAAACUCGCGGAAAGAAGAUGUUUUCGGUGAACCGAACGGGAAGAAUGGCGGUACGCCCGAGCUCUUGGAAAGUUUCGCUCUCGGGUCUUCGCUGCCGUCAAAUGUAGGUGGGAGAGAGCUCGAGAAUGACAGGUGCCGGCAACGAUGGUCGAGCGAUUUUUGGAGCGAGCUCGAAUGCGACGCGACGGAACCGUGGAUGAUGAGCAACGAUCAACAGCCAGGCGGCGCGCUGCGCUCGCAAUUUUUACUCAGUCCGGCGUGGCGCUUGAUGCUGCUCUCGGAUGGAUCCGUUACGGUGCGUUCGCUCGAAGAGAUGGUCUGCGAGACUGACUUAUCAAUCUUCUUAUUUUCGCGCACGCAGCGACACUUGAAGCUGCUCACCGGUCGCGUUGACGUUAAAACAGAUGUCUUAUGGCAAGGCAAGGUCCACGUUAGCGCCACCGCCGCGAAGACGAACGGGAUCCCAUCCGACGUCGCGAACCAACUCGACUCAGGCGGCUCGAUGCUACAGCGCGAGGUUGAUCUGUGCGACGCCCACGGCUUGCCGCUGUGCUACGCCACGAGUUGGUGGAAUUUGGAGAACGCGGAUAAAGUUAUCCUCGACGACGGCGCCGCCAAUUCGUUCGGUGCCCUUGAGCGUCCCGUUUGGCUAAAAUUGGCUGAGAACAAGACGGAGCUCUUCCGAGAGGUUCGACGUGUCUAUCGCGGCACCUCCGAUCCUCUGGCUUCGGCGUGGGGACUUCCGAACUCGACCACGUUUUGGGCGCGUCAUUACAUCUUUUGGUGCGCGCGUAAGCCUCUGUGCGUCAUUCACGAGGUGAUGAGCCCGCGGCUCGAGUUGCACCUCGGACCCUCGGACCCGGCGCGCAAGCGCCUCGAAAACGGGUCACGAUCAUUCCCCUCGGACGAUCUCUGGCUCUGA